UUCAUUUGAACGGGAAGAGCUAAACCCAAGCCCCAAAAAUGGCCGUCCAGUCCCGCAGUGACUAUCCAAAACUCUUCACUCUCUCUCUGAUACUCCUCCCUUCAUCCUUGAUGAUUCUUGUUGUAUUUUUUGGGUCAAAGUAUGACAUUUCCGAUACGGUUAAACAGGCCCAGACUGAUUCUCAGGUGUUCACAUAUCCUAGGUGGUUUGAUCUUGUUAGAGAAGAGAUUGAUGGUAAGAAGAUUAAGGUUGGUUUGGUUAAUUUCGACGAUGAAGAGCCUGCAUACAAAAUGCAUGGAUCAGUUGUUAGUACUGUGCACGUACGUUUUGACCAUGUGUCCAAGGCGAUCAAAUGGGGGGAUUUUUUCCCCGAAUGGAUUGAUGAAGACCAGAAGUUUAGCCUGCCGUUGUGUCCAGCGAUCCCCAUGCCGCGACUGGAGGAUUACCGGGACCUCGACGUCGUGGUGGCUAGGGUGCCUUGUGAUGGGUGGACAGGGAAGUCAGGGUUGAGGGAUGUGUUCAGGCUGCAAGUUAAUUUGGUGGUGGCUAACCUUUUGGUAGAGAGUGGUUGGGUCAUGGAGCCUGAUGUUAAACGGGUGGUGUACGCGGUGUUCGUCGGCAGCUGUGGGCCCAUGCCGGAGAUAUUCAGAUGUGAUGAUCUGUUGAGGAAGGCAGGGGAUCAUUGGGUGUAUAAACCUGAGCUGAGGAGGCUGAAACAGAAGGUGCUCAUGCCUCUAGGGUCCUGUCAAAUUGCUCAGCCAUACGCGAAAACAGGCAAGGAGGUUUGGAGAUAUUAUUUGUCAGAAGACAAGGUAAAGAAACAGGAAUACAGUGUGUUCCAUCAAAAGGAGGCUUAUGUAACAAUCCUCCACUCUUCGGAAGCUUAUGUCUGUGGUGCAAUAGCUUUGGCACAGAGCAUUAUUCUAUCCAAUUCUACUCGAGACCCUUUCUUUAAUUUGUUAAGUAAUUCUACUCGAGACCUACUCCUCCUUCAUGAUGAAAACAUUUCCCCCAAGUCCUUGACAGGGCUCAGAGCUGCAGGGUGGAAAACCAGGCAAAUCGAACGUAUAAGGAGCCCCUUUGCCAAGAAAGGUUCUUACAACGAAUGGAACUACAGCAAGCUCAGGAUUUGGUUGCUAACAUGGUAUGACAAAGUGAUUUUCAUCGAUGCAGAUAUUCUGGUUCUCAAAAACAUGGAUGGCCUAUUCGUUUAUCCUCCGUUGUCAGCUGCUGGCAAUUAUGAUAAAACUUUGUUCAACUCGGGAAUCAUGGUGGUUGAGCCAUCAUUGUGCAUGUUUGAAGACUUGAUGAUGAAAAGUUUCGAGGUGGGUUCACACAACGGAGGGGACCAAGGGUUUCUUAAUGAAGUCUUCACAUGGUGGCACAGGUUGCCUUCCAAGGUGAAUUUCUUGAAAAUUUUUCAAAGGAAUGGGAGUCGGCAAAACAUCCCUGAUGAUCUUUCUGCUAUACAUUAUCUGGGGCUGAAGCCAUGGAUGUGUUACAGGGACUAUGACUGCAACUGGGACGUGAAAGAGAAGCAGAUUUUUGCCAGUGACAAAGCUCAUGAGAAGUGGUGGCAAGUCUAUGAUGCAAUGCCUGAGAACUUGCAGCAGUAUUGUGGGCUGACUGAGAAUAUGGAUUGUACGAUAAAGAAAUGGAGGAAAAUUGCUAGGUAUCUUAGGCUCCCUGAUGAACAUUGGAGGAUUGAUGUGAAAGAUCCUAGACAGUACAAUCUUGUUCAAUAAGAAGAAGGGUGCCAAAUUCUUGAAGGAAAAAACAUAUUUUAUAUAUGUCAUUUGUAAUCUACCAUUAGAAAAAAAUGUAAACUUCAAAGUUGGAACCAA